AAAUUCAUUAAAAAAUAAAUAAAAAAAACAAAACAUAUCUAAAAAUCUCUCAACGGUAUCUGUGACACCACUUUUGGGGAGACAAAAAGAGAGAACAGGAUUUAGUUUGGUUAUUUUAUUUUUGGUUUUGCAGGUGAAAUGGAGAGCAAAGAGGAAGUUAUUUCUGUUGAGCUACCAGCACCUCCUGCUUGGAAGAAAAUGUACUUGCCGAAGAAAGGGGGUACCCCGAGGAAAAGUGAGAUCAUGUUUAUUGCUCCUACUGGGGAGGAGAUUAUUAACAGAAAACAACUGGAGCAGUACCUAAAAUCUCAUCCUGGUAGUCCUAAAAUCUCAGAGUUUGAUUGGGGCACUGGUGAGACCCCAAGGAGAUCCGCAAGGAUAAGUGAGAAGGCCAAGGCAACUCCAACUCCAGAAAAGGAGCCUCCAAAGAAGCGAGGCCGAAAAUCAUUGUCGGGGUCAAAGAAGGAUAACAAAGAAGCUGAAGCUACUCCAGAGAAAACUGAGGGGGAGAAAGAUGUUGAAAUGCAGGAUGCAGAAGUUACUGAGAAAGAUGAGAAAACACAAGAAUUGGACAAGACUGUAAACAAAGAUGUCAAUUUGGAGAAAACUGGUGCAGAGAAUGAAAAACCUGUCGAGGAAUCCAAGGAGAACAAAGAAAAAGGAGUUCCUGAUGCUAAAAUAAUUGAAAGUGCAAUAGAAGUGCAGAAGCCAGAAACUGAAGAGACAGCUACUGAAGUAACUUCAAAUGAAAAAGAGAAGGUUGAAGACUCUCUGGAAAAUGAUCCUCGGAGUGAGAAAGGGACUGGUGCUAGUGAUGACAACAAAGUGGACAACCCUGAUGCUAUGACCACGGAUGCAAAUGGGGGAGUGAAGAAAGAGCAAGCCAACAGAUCAGCACCUGCAACCCAUGUUGAGAACAAAGAUAAGCAAGACGAGCCAAAGAAUGAAGAGAAUUCUACUGUGCAGGUUGAUGAGAAAGGCAAAGAAAUCGAUGCAGAGGUUAUUGAAAUUGGGAAAGUUGAGCAAAUGGGGCGAACUGAAGCCCCACAACAGCCAGCUCCAGUGAGCUGUUAACUUUGCUGUACUAUUUAUCCAUGAACUUUAGCCCAUAUAAUACUCCUAUAUCUUGUCAUUUUUCCUGUAACUUUUUGAGACGUAUUGGAUGACUGUAACAUUCAACUUGUUGAUGGUGUUUGUAGAUUUAAUUGUGCAGGAAGAAAUCAAUCUGUAUCCUUAGAUCAGGAGGUAGAUGAUGCAGCCACCUAAUGUUGUAUUGUGCAGGAACCUAGUUUCUAGACUUGUAAACUCUAUUUAUCCUAUGGUUAGUAACUGAAUUUAAAUGCU